AUGAGCGAGGUCUGUGUCCGGGUGGCGCUCCGUGUCCGUCCCCUGCUUCCUAAGGAAGUCCUCCACAACCAGCAGGUGUGUGUGCGGGUGGUGCCGGGCUCUGAACAGGUGAUGCUGGGCUCAGACCGACUCUUCUCCUUUGACCACGCGUUUGGACCGACAGCCAGCCAGGAUGAGGUGUACGAGUCCUGCGUCCAGCCCCUGGUGGAGGCCCUGGUGGACGGCUACAAUGCCACCGUCUUCUGUUAUGGACAAACAGGGUCAGGGAAGACUUACACACUCGGAGGGGGGCACCUGGAUGAAGAGGGAGGAAUUAUUGACCGCGUGGCCCAGGAUGUGUUCCUGUUGCUGGGGGAGAAGAGGAAGAACGGUGAUGGUGUGGAAGCCGCAGUGCGGGUCUCAUACAUGGAGCUGUACAGAGAGGAACUGCAAGACCUGCUGGAGCUGCACACCACUCACAAAGAGCUUCACAUCAGAGAGGAUGAGAGGGGAAACACGGUGGUGGUGGGAGCCAAAGAGAUGGUCGUCACCUCGGCAGAGGAGCUCCUAAAUGUUGUAGAGAUGGGCAAUGCCCUGCGCCACACUGGCACCACAAGGAUGAACGAGCACUCCAGUCGCUCUCACGCCAUACUCACCCUUCAGCUCAUCCAGUAUUAUCACAACAACAACUCCUCCCUGAAAUCUGUCCGCUCUUCCAAACUCUGUCUAGUUGACCUAGCUGGGUCAGAGCGUGCUGGAAAAACUGGAAACACUGGGACACGGCUCAAAGAGUCUGUUCACAUCAACACUGGCCUGCUUGCUUUGGGCAAUGUCAUCCGUGCCCUCUCCGACCCUGGUCGAAAUCGCCGUGGUAACAACUGCAAUAGUGCCCACAUACCGUACCGUGAUGCCAAGAUCACCCGUCUCCUCCGUGACUCGUUGGGAGGCACCGCCCAUACGCUGAUGGUGGCGUGUGUGAGCCCCUCUCACCUCAGUGUGGCUGAAACUCUGAGUGUCCUACAGUUUGCGUCCAAGGCUCGUCACAUACAUAACCGUCCCGGAGCUGUAUCUGCUCAUACAGAGGUCAAAUCAUGUCCUACACCCUGGAACCCUAGUGAGGCUCGACUGGGCGAACUUGAGUAUGAAGUGCGGACGCUGAGAGAGCUCCUGAAAGAGAAGGAGAGAGAGAUGGAGAGGGAGAGGGCAGUUGGGAGAGCUGCAGAGGGGGACAGCUUCAGACAGUCCAGUCAGAUGAUGAUGUGUGAUUCAGAUAAGGUUAACCAAGAAGAACCAUCACAGUACCGCCUCCUGGCACAGGAAGCUGCAGAUCUGCUUGCAGAUAUCUCUGGCCCCGCUCCAAGUCAUGCUUUCAGGCAGCAGCUGCAGGAUUGGCAGGAGAGACUGACGGCUGCCAAUCACUCCCAUCAGGCCGAUGAGAAGGACUGUUCAGAGGAGGGUGCAGAUCAGCCCCACCAUGUCACCAUAUUAAAGCUCAGAGAAGAACUCGGCAAAUGCAAGGAAGCUCUUACUGUAGAGGAACAGCUACUGGAGCAGAAAGAUGCAGAGCUGAGACAGGUCCAAAAAGAAGUAGAGAAACUUCUUCAAGAGAGCAAAGUCCACCUUCAGGCCUUGGAGGAAGAAAAGGAGCGUGCUCGUAUACAGACUGAACAACUCGUGGACCAGCAGAUCCUCAUCAGUCGUCUUCGCAGUGACCUUUUGACCUUUAGGGGUGCAACCGUAGGGGCAACAGUGGGGACAGGGGCUUCUGGGAACUCAGACAAGAGACCUCACAGUGUCCCUUUGAUAAGACACAGCUGUGGAAGCGGAACACCCAGGAGGAUUCACUCCAGUCCCCCGGCCUAUUCACUGGAGAGAGUGAUGGCAGCCUUUAAGAUGCGCGGUCAUCUCCUGCUGGCUGAGAUUGAGGAGAAGGAUGAAGUGUACUCUCCAUUCAUAAAACAGCAGGCAGAGAGCAAAGAUGGGAAUCAAGACAAGGAUGAGGAAGAUAUCUUUGUGGGCAGAAUGGGAUUUAGACGUUCUUUAAACAGAACUUGGACCACCCGGCUGAAGAAAUCAGCCCUGAAAGAGAAGACCUCCGUACCAGACCAGUCAUCUAAUGGAAACCCAAUAGCUCCAGAGCCUCAGCGAGCCACAGGGACCGAGGAAAACCAUACCAAGCAGAGCCACAUGAGGAAGGCGAGACUACAAGCCAGCGUUACUCAGAGAAGAAUCCAAGAUCUGUCAGUCAACAUGCGCAUGAAAGAGGAGCUCAUCAAAGAGCUCGACAAAACUGAAAAGGAGACCCAAGCAGUGGACAGACAUGGCAGGCACAGUGGUGAUGGCAGAGAAGCCGACGUGUUGGCAAGACUGUCCAUGCAAAGCCAGCAGGUCCGAGCAGAGAUGUACCGCAGCUUACAGCACAUGAGACUGCAGAGAGCGAAGCUUCAGAACAGCCUGAGACAGCAGAAAGAGACCACCAAAGACCUCAACCAAAAUGAGGAGCAAAGGACAGGAGAUUUGACUGUGUGCAAAAGCGGUCAACAGGAAGACUCAAAGGGAAAGCUGCGUGACUGUGUUUGGCUGGAGGAGGAGGAGGAGCGGGUGCUACAGAAGAGAGCAGAGCUCCAGGAGCUGGAGGAGGAGCUGAGGAGGAGAGAAGAUGUGCUCCUGCACCGGGAGGCCUGUCUGCAACAGAAAAACAAACUAGAGACCAAAAUGCUUCGUUCCAGUCAGGCUCUGAGUCAGGACCUGCUGCGUGUGUCUGUGCGGUUGGAGUCUCUUGAGGAGCAGCUGCAGAACUGCAGCAGUGUGAGGCAGACUGGAGGAGUCACCACGGAGCAGCUGGAGAAAGAGAGAGACAUGCUUAAAAAGAGGAGAGACACUCUGGAUGCCCAGCUGAAUGACAACAGAGUACUCUCUGUGGAGGAGGAGCAUUACCUGCUGCAGCUGGAAGAAGCUAUUGAAGCUCUGGAUGCAGCUCUGGAGUUUAAAAACCACUCCAUCCAGGACAAACAAAAGAAGCUGUUAGUCACAGACUCCUCUUCACAAACGUCAGAAAGCACUGAACCCGCUCAACUCUGUGACGUCAUCAGGAGGCUGAAGCAGCUCUCACCACCUGAGGCUUCGGAGCUGCUUGUCAAAUAUUUCAAUAAGGUUGUUUGUCUCCGUGAGGCGGAGCACCGUUUGCGUUUGCGUUGUGAGGAGCUGGAGCUUCAAGCUGGAGAGCAAGAGGUGGUGCUGAGAGAGAUGGAGAUGGCUGUGCAGCGCCUGGCCCUGGAUGCAGACCGCAGGCUCACCCAGCAGCACCGAGAGCACCAAAACAACAUCCAGCUACUGCUGCAUGAACUUAAAGAGGGGGGUUCAGGAGAUGCACAGCAGGCUAUCGAAGACAGGCUGCAGCAUCUUGAGAAAGAUCUGUUUUUCUACAAAAGCUCCAGCAGACAGCUUAAAAAGAAAGUCAAAGAGCUUCUCAGUGACACCCUACACCUGGCUGAUCAGACCACACAGGAGCACAGACAAACACACAGUGUGCAGACACACGCACCUGCAGACGAACCCCACACGCACACUGAACAGGUGCAGAUUAGGACACAUAUUGCAACAACAUACACAAAGAUACACACUGAGCAAACAGACAAAAAGACGCACAACAAUUCUCAUAUAAAGAGACAUCCAACUGCCUGUCCCUCCUCAUCCUCUGACCCCCAAGCACGCAAAACGUCAAAAAUGCACGGAGGCAACCACAUACAGUCCCAGGGGAGGAGUGAAAGGGGGGCUGUUUACUCUGGGGACAGUUUAGAGGUGACACCGGUCCGUAUGUGUCGCAGAGAGCUGAGGCAGAUCUCUGCAUCUGACCUGCAGCUCUGUAGUUCUGCCACAAGGAGGCGACAGUCUGUAGUAGAUACCAGCACAGAGUCAAUACUAGAGGACUCCAUAGAGGUGCCCAGAAACACUGACAGAUGAUGUUAGCUUGGUACCUGUGAGUCACUCGGCAGCAGCAGCGUGUACAGCAGACUCCAGUUGGGUGCUUGUAAAUAAAGGAAAAAGCGUGUCAGAAAUAAUCAAUGACAAAAAUUCACAAAAACUUUGCUUUGUUAAAUAUGCCCAUAUUGCUGUCGGUGUAAUAUCAAAAAUUGGCAAACCCUCAAAAACAGAAAACUGACAGUUUAUAACUGGAGGAGAAGAAAGUGACCGAAAUAUGGGUAAUAUUGAAAUGUAUUUAGAGUGAACCAGUCCCAUCUUAUGUCAUUGUCAUAGCACUGUCGUCCUAUUUAUCAGUCUUCCUUGGUGGUCACAGAUUUUCCAUAUCCGGGCUUUGCUGAAUGUUGUGGUGUUGUGCCAUUCACUAAGAGAACAAACAUAAAGAAAAGUAUGUGUUGUCAUGACAACAGAGUGACCCUGAUAAAUGACACAUACUGAGAGAAAUUUCCAAUAACUUGACAGCAUUUUUACACAUGGAAAUAGAGUGAAACUCCUCAUUUUUGGAUUACAACCAAAGACAACGC